AUGGCUUCAUACAGGCCUUUCCCGCCCCAAUCGUCAUUCGGGCCGCCGCCGAAUCAAAACCCUCUUACACCAACACCACCGCCACCUCCUUCACAGAGAGGCAAUCAAUAUAAUCAGAAUUGGGGAUAUAAUGCUAGUAGUGGUGGUGGUGGUGGUGGUGAUGGGGCUGUGCCUGCAGCUUCUUCUUCGUAUCCUCAAAACUACAAUUACAAUCAUGGUAAUUACGGCCCUCCAAGAACUCAACACCCUCACCCACCACCACAAUACAAUUAUCCACCACCGCCUCCGCCGCCCGAGUCUUCAUACCCACCACCUCCGCCCCCUCAAGCUCCUCCAGUGGCACAAAAUAAAAUGCCUUUGCAGCCUCCACAAGCCCCCAUGUACUACCAGAAUUCUCAGUAUUCACAAUAUAGUCACCAGCCAAUCCAGCCUUUACACCAGCCGCCACCUCCACCCCCACCACCUUUUUCCCCGAGUUCCUCUGUCCCACCACCACCCCCACCCCCGGGUUCACCGCCACCGCCCCCUCCACAAAGUAAGGAUGGUGGGGUAGAUAGAGGAUCCCAUGAAAAAGGGGUUUCCAGGGAGGUGUCGGUGUCGGGGAGGCGUGAACAUGGGCAUUUGAAUCAUGGGGUUGCUCAAAAACAGCAUAAGCCCCCUGUUCCUUCAAUGCCAGUGAAGAAAGCAAAUGGACCUCCAGGGAGGGUGGAGACAGAGGAAGAGAGGAGAUUCAGAAAGAAGAGGGAGUUUGAGAAGCAAAGGCAAGAAGAGAAGCAUAGGCAGCAGCUGAAGGAUUCCCAAAAUUCAGUUUUGCAAAAGACACAGAUGUUGUCUUCUGGGAAAGGACAUGGGUCGAUUGCAGGGUCGCGAAUGGGGGAAAGGAGGGCUACUCCAUUCUUGAGCAGCGAAAGGACUGAAAAUAGGCUGAAGAAGCCAACCACAUUUGUAUGCAAGUUGAAAUUUCGGAAUGAACUUCCAGAUCCAAGUGCACAGCCAAAGCUUAUGUCUUUGAAGAAAGACAAAGAUCAAUAUACAAAAUACACAAUAACAUCGUUGGAGAAAACAUACAAGCCCAAGCUUUUUGUUGAGCCAGAUCUUGGGAUACCUCUUGACCUGCUUGACCUCAGUGUAUACAAUCCUCCAAGUGUUAGAUCACCCCUUGCUUUGGAAGAUGAGGAAUUAUUGCGGGAUGACGUAGCAGCAACCCCUGUGAAAAAUAAUGGCAUCAGAAGAAAAGAGCGGCCUACCGAUAAAGGGGUUGCAUGGCUUGUUAAAACACAAUAUAUAUCUCCUCUUAGCAUGGACUCUGCGAGACAGUCUUUAACUGAAAAACAAGCAAAAGAACUGCGGGAAAUGAAGGGAGGUCGCAACAUUUUGGACAACCUUAAUGACAGGGAAAGACAAAUCAAGGAAAUUGAGGCAUCAUUUGAGGCCUGCAAGUCACGCCCUGUUCAUGCAACCAAUAAGAAUUUAUACCCUGUUGAGGUUCUACCUCUGUUGCCCGAUUUUGAGCGGUAUGAAGACCAAUUUGUCCUUGCAGCAUUUGAUGGUGCUCCUACUGCUGAUUCAGAAAUCUACAGCAAAUUGGACCAGUCCGGUCAUGACGCUUAUGAAUCAAGAGCCAUUAUGAAAAGUUAUAAGGUAACAGGCGCAGAUCCAGGUAAUCCGGAGAAAUUUUUGGCUUACAUGGUCCCUUCUCCAAAUGAGCUAUCAAAAGAUCCAUAUGAUGAAUCUGAAGAUGUUUCUUAUUCUUGGGUUCGCGAGUAUCAUUACGAUGUAAGAGGUGAUGAUGUGCAUGAUCCCACAACAUACCUUGUUUCAUUUGAUGAAGAAGAAGCACGCUAUGCGCCCCUUCCCACAAAGCUUGUCUUAAGAAAAAAGAGGUCCAAAGAGGGAAAAACUAGCGAUGAGGUUGAACAUUUUCCCGCACCUUCAAGAGUGACCGUCAGGCAGAGAUCAACUGUUGCCGCAAUUGAACUAAAGGAUUCAGGGGAUUAUUCAAGGGGAUCUGUGUCAAAUUUGAAAACAAGACGCUUUGAUGUUGAGGAUACCCUUGAAAGACCACGGAAGAUUGCACGACAUCAAGAUAUUGAUGAAUAUAGUGGUGCUGAAGAUGAUUUCUCUGAUUAA